AUGAGUGGACGGGCCAGGGCCAGAGCCCGGGGCAGGGCCCGCGGGCAGGAGACGGCGCAGCACGUGGGGGCCGCUGCCAGUCAGCCGCCUGGGUUCAUCCUGCCAAGACCUCAGCAGCCGCUGGCAGAGGGCGAGCUGGUGGGCCGAGGGCGACAGAGAGGAGCCGCAGGAGCAGCAGCCAAGUCGCAAGAACUCCAGAUAUCUGCUGGGUUUCAGGAGUUAUCGUUAGCAGAGAGAGGUGGUCGUCGUCGAGAUUUUCACGAUCUUGGUGUGAAUACAAGACAGAACCUAGACCAUGUUAAAGAAUCCAAAACAGGGUCCUCAGGCAUCAUCGUCAGGCUGAGCACUAACCACUUCCGGCUGACCUCGCGUCCGCAGUGGGCCCUGUAUCAGUACCACAUCGACUACAACCCGCUGAUGGAGGCCCGGAGGCUGCGCUCGGCUUUGCUCUUCCAGCACGAAGACCUCAUUGGAAGGUGUCAUGCUUUUGAUGGGACGAUAUUAUUUUUACCCAAAAGACUUCAGCACAAGGUCACAGAAGUGUUCAGCCAGACCCGGAACGGGGAACGCGUGAGAAUCACCAUCACUCUGACCAACGAGCUCCCCCCGACGUCGCCCACCUGCCUACAGUUCUAUAAUAUUAUUUUCAGGAGGCUUUUGAAAAUCAUGAAUUUGCAGCAAAUUGGACGGAACUAUUACAACCCAAGUGACCCAAUAGAUAUUCCAAACCACAGGUUGGUGAUCUGGCCCGGCUUCACCACCUCCAUCCUGCAGUACGAGAACAACAUCAUGCUGUGCACGGACGUGAGCCACAAGGUGCUGCGCAGCGAGACCGUCCUGGACUUCAUGUUCAGCCUGUACCACCAGACGGAGGAGCACAGGUUCCAGGAGCAAGUCUCCAAGGAGCUCAUCGGCCUGAUCGUGCUCACCAAGUACAACAACAAGACGUACAGAGUGGACGACAUUGAUUGGGAUCAGAACCCCAAGAGCACAUUUAAGAAGGCCGACGGCUCCGAGGUCAGCUUCCUGGAGUACUACCAGAAGCAAUACAACCAGGAGAUCACCGACCUGAAGCAGCCGGUGCUGGUCAGUCAGCCCAAGAGGAGGCGCGGCCCCGGGGGCACCCUGCCGGGCCCCGCCAUGCUCAUCCCAGAGCUCUGCUACCUCACAGGUUUGACGGACAAAAUGCGGAACGACUUCAACGUGAUGAAAGACCUGGCUGUGCACACGCGGCUGACCCCGGAGCAGAGGCAGCGCGAGGUGGGGCGGCUCAUCGACUACAUCCACAAAGAUGACAAUGUCCAGAGGGAGCUGCGGGACUGGGGCCUGAGCUUCGACUCCAAUCUGCUGUCCUUCUCGGGGAGGAUCUUGCAAGCCGAAAAGAUUCACCAGGGUGGAAAAACGUUUGAUUACAACCCGCAGUUCGCGGAUUGGUCUAAAGAGACCAGGGGUGCGCCGCUCAUCAGCGUGAAGCCGCUGGACAACUGGCUGCUGAUCUAUACGCGCAGAAACUACGAAGCGGCCAACGCGCUGAUACAGAACCUGUUCAAAGUCACGCCGGCCAUGGGCAUUCAGAUGAAAAAGGCAAUCAUGAUUGAAGUGGACGACAGGACAGAAGCCUACUUGAGAGUCUUGCAGCAAAAGGUCACCUCGGAUACCCAGAUCGUCGUCUGCCUGUUGUCGAGUAACCGGAAGGACAAAUACGACGCUAUUAAAAAAUACCUGUGCACAGACUGCCCCACCCCGAGUCAGUGCGUGGUGGCCCGGACCCUGGGCAAGCAGCAGACGGUCAUGGCCAUCGCCACCAAGAUCGCCCUGCAGAUGAACUGCAAGAUGGGAGGCGAGCUGUGGAGGGUGGACAUGCCCCUGAAAUUAGCGAUGAUAGUUGGCAUUGACUGUUACCACGACACCACAGCCGGACGGAGAUCCAUUGCGGGAUUUGUGGCCAGCAUCAAUGAAGGGAUGACGCGCUGGUUCUCGCGCUGUGUGUUUCAGGACAGAGGGCAGGAGCUGGUGGAUGGGCUGAAGGUCUGCCUGCAAGCCGCGCUGAGGGCCUGGAACAGCUGUAACGAGUACAUGCCCAGCAGGAUCAUCGUGUACCGCGACGGCGUGGGCGACGGCCAGCUCAAGACCCUGGUGAACUACGAGGUGCCACAGUUCCUGGACUGCCUCAAGUCUGUCGGGAGGAGCUACAACCCCAGGCUGACCGUGAUCGUGGUGAAGAAGCGUGUGAACGCGCGGUUUUUCGCACAGUCCGGAGGGAGACUGCAGAACCCGCUUCCCGGCACCGUCAUCGACGUGGAGGUCACCAGGCCCGAGUGGUACGACUUCUUCAUCGUGAGCCAGGCGGUGCGCAGCGGCAGUGUAUCCCCCACGCACUACAACGUCAUCUACGACAGCAGCGGCCUGAAGCCCGACCACAUCCAGCGGCUGACCUACAAGCUGUGCCACGUGUACUACAACUGGCCGGGCGUCAUCCGCGUGCCUGCGCCCUGCCAGUACGCCCACAAGCUGGCCUUCCUGGUGGGCCAGAGCAUCCACCGCGAGCCCAACCUGUCGCUGUCCAACCGCCUCUACUACCUGUAG